AUGGAUGACACUUCGAGAUUUGCCGUGACUCCUCUUGAGCGCACGUCGGAGGAGAGUUACAACUUUGGUGCAAAGGUAACAGGCGUCGAUAUCAAUAACAUAUCUCACGAAGAUGUCGACCGCCUGAAAGCUGCGAUAUGGCGACACAAAGUGGUUUUGGUCAAAGACCAAACAAACCUUGACCCGAAGAAACAAUGGGAACUCGUCAAAGCCCUGGACCCAAAUGCGACUGAUGGCCACAGUCAUGGGGAUCUGGCCACUAUCCGCGCGAAAGGCGGUGUUCUUGCCCAAGGUCGAGACGUCGUCGGAAUCCCAGGUGCUGAGAACGUUCGUCUCAUCGGAAAGGGUUUUCAAGGAGAAGAUCAUUUUGGGGUCAAGAACCAAACAAUUGAGCGCGGUCUUAGCAACGACUUUCACGCCGUACCGCCGUCACUGGACGACUUCGAGAAAGGAAUUACCCGAUUUCAGCGAUGGCAUCUGGAUGCUCCGCUCUACGGCAAGGACCCGGCCUGGUUUACCACACUCCGCUGCGUGAAGCUACCCAAGGGUCCUGACCUGACCAUCGAGUGGGCUGAUGGCUCGGACCUCCGCAUGAAGACACCUCCUGGGCGCACGGCGUUCUUUAGUACAUCACAGCUGUACGGUCUGUUGUUACCCGAGGAGAAACAGUUGGUCGACCAUAGUUGGGUCGAGUACGCUCCCUAUCCAUACAAGUGGAUUGAACGAUGCAAGGGGAACAGCAACGGCCUCGGACUAGCAGAAGGCGGCGAACGACUUACGACGGACGAGCUGGGCGAAUAUGACCCGGCCUCUGUGAAGACGUACCCAAUGGUAUGGGUAAACCCGCUGACGGGAGAGAAAGCCUUCCACGUCCACGGGAUCUGCGCGAAGAAGCUUUACCUGCGCAGCUCGCCUGACCAAGAGCCUCGAAUCGUCGAUGAUAUCGCGGAGAUUCGCAAGUUUGUCUUGGACAUUCAGUCCCGCAUCCUCAAGCCGGAGUACAUCUUGCUCGCUCCAGCGGAGGAAGGAGACGUGAUAAUUUGGGACAAUUACGGUGUUUUUCAUUCUGCGGUCGAUUAUCCCAUUAAACUGGGCCCGAGAUCUAUGCACCAGGCGAAUAUUGGCGGAAGUGUCGGGCCAAAGGGACCUGUUCCCAUUGGAGUUUCUGCUUGA